UGUUUCAGACAACACGAAACGUAGAAGCGUUUUUAGUGAGAGAAAGCGUCUUGAGAGAGAGAGAGGACCCGACCCGGAUCCGGAUAUGGCGAACGGGUGGGUCAAGUCAUUGCAAUGCAAGUCGAAAGCUUUCGACGACGUUUACCAUCCGACCCAAAACCCUAAACAUCUCAUGUCGAGUUACAGUUGCAGAAAGAGCACUCAGAGCCUCAAAGAUGUGAUCGAUACCAAGAAACCCAGAAAACCGAAACCGAAAACAGAGAAGCGAGAACCGGAACCGGUCUCUGUCCAUCUUAACCGGAACCUGAACCGGGUUUCUGACCCCUUUUUGCCGGCGUUAACGGAACUCGCGGAGGGUCAUCCGUCGCGUAAGGUCGUGGAGAUCAUAUUCCAGACGAGUUGGGGACCCAAAUCGUUCUCGGGUCGGGUCGAUAUGAUCUUCAAGGUGCAAAAUGGGUUGAAAACCGUGACCCGGUUCGAGGAGUACCGGGAGGCGGUUAAGGCAAAGUCGAAGGCGCGUGAGGGGAACGCUCGGUCAACAGCCGACGGGAACGAGACGAUGAGAUUCUUCUGUUUGGGGUCUACCUUCGCUGGGGUUUGCGGCGGCGCGUGGGGAUUAGUACUCAGCGGAAAAGGCGGUGGCGCGUCGAUCUGCACGUUCUCCGGGAGCUGUACGGCGCACGAGAAGGCCGGAGGAGGGAGGGGGAGGCGGGCGAUGCUGGUUUGUCGGGUCAUAGCCGGUCGGGUUGCGAAACGGGUCGAGUUCGGGUAUGACUCGGUCGACUCGGACCUGCGAGUCCGGUUCGACUCGGUGAGUGGAGACGACGGCGAGUUGGCCGUGUUCGAUCCACGUGCGGUAUUGCCUUGUUUUCUCAUUAUCUACCGGUUGUAAAAAAAAUUCAAAGCUUAUAAUUAGUGGAGUUUUAUUUUAAUUA